AUGUCGACCAUGUACCUCAUCACCGGCGCUUCCCGCGGCCUUGGUCAAGAGUUUACUCGCCAAAUCCUCAAAGCCGACAAGUCCUACAAAGUCAUCGCCGCCGCUCGCAACCCUUCCACCGCGACCGCCUUGAACGAGCUUGCCAAAGAGUUCGACGGCCGCGUCCACGUGCUCAAGGCUGACGUCACUGACGUGAAGAGUCUUGAGGUGCGUGAUCAGACCUUGAGCUUCGCAAUUAUCUAUUGCCAAUCAAAUGAAUGUUGACCUUUCGACACUUGCUUCUUGCUCUUCCCUGCAGGCCGCUGCCAAGGAGCUCGAAGGAUCGAGCUUCCUCGAGAACGGUGGAAUUGAUGUCCUCAUCAACAACGCCGGUGUCAUUUACGGUAGCUGGAACUCUCCCACGAAGAGGUAAUUAAUACUCGCAAUCACUCUUGGAAAAGCGUUUGACCUCGGGUCUCGCAAUCAGCCCACGGCGCCCCUUCUCCCAACCCGCGCCCCCACCUGAGACAGAACGAAGAGCUGACCCCACCCAUCCCGUUACUCGCGCUCCACAGCACCGUCCAGGACCUCCGCGACAACUUCGAGACCAACGUCUUCGGUGUCGUCCAAGCGACCGAGGCUUUCCUGCCCUUGUUGAGGAAGGGUAACAAAAAGCAGAUCUUCGUCGUCUCGAGUCUCUUGGGCUCGAUUGGAGGUGACCUCUCCAAGGUUCCCGUCGCUGCCACCUGUGAGUCUCUGCGAGGACGGGCUCGAAACCACCAAGACUUUCGACUAACGUGCCCUCAAAUUCCCUUCGCGCUACAGACUCCGCUUCCAAGGCCGCUAUCAACAUGUGGACUGUCAAGCUCGCCCGAGAGCUCGCUGAUGUAAGAUCGUAUCUCCGAGCUGAUUAAACUCAGCAUUAGUGACGACUGACUUCAAGAACCUCUUGUACGGCAUGCACAGGAGGGCUUCACCGUCGUCUCCUUCCACCCCGGAUACGUCAACACCGACAGUGAGUUGAAUUUGAUUGCAAUGCUUCCUCCAGGUGCCGCGUGCUCAUUCGUACGUUUAUCAACAUUUCCCAGUGAACGGCGGUGAGAACGGCUCAGGCGAGAUCAGCACCCCUUUCGCCAUCGAGCACAUGUGAGUUGUCCAGGAAUGAUUGCAACGUCUGCGGUACACUGCUCACUAGAACUUUCCGCCUCGCAUCCCCAGCCUCAAGAACAUCGUGUUCAAGGUCACCAAGGCCGACAACGCCAAGUUCCUCAACUACGCCAAGGGCGAGGAAAUUCCCUGGUAG